AUGGUGGGGGGGCGGCAAUGGGUCAGGCGGUUCAACAAAGAAGGGAACGGGCGGGUCUACCCUGGGACUCAUGAAGGCGUACAGCGGUCGAGGUGGGUGGGAGCUGGUUGGGAGGACGCUUUUGAGUCGACUCAAAAGCGGUUGAGAUGGGUGGGAGGUGGUAGCAAACGGAAGGGCGGCAUAGUGAACCAUACAGGCGGAUUGAAUCUGGGGCUCACGGAACCAUACAGCGGUCGAGAUGGGUUGGAGGGUGGUGGCAAGUGCUACGCGCCCAAGGCCGUCUCCUACAAGAGCGGCCCGGUGAUGUCUCAACCUCUAGAGGUCUACCUCAUCUGGCACGGCACGUGGCCCGUGUCCCAGAAGACGCCCGUGCAGAAGGGUCUUCGUGACUCACGAGAUAGAAGGGGAGCAAUGCUUGAAGACGCCCGUGCACAAGUUUGUCGGCUCCAUUUCCCACGACACACUCGCCAGCAAGCCCCCUCCUUUCCCCCCUCCUUUCCCCCCUCCCGUGCCUCCCCCACCCCCACCCCUCCCCUGCCCCUCCCCCGGCCCCUCCCUGUUUUGCCAGUCCCCAGCUACGCGCCCAAAACUGUCUCAUACAAAAGCGGCCCUGUCAUGUCCCAACCCCUGGAAGUGUACCUAAUCUGGCACGGCACGUGGCCGGCGUCGCAGAAGACGCCCGUGCAGAAGUUCGUGGACUCCAUUUCCGACGACACGCUGGCCAACAAGCCCGGCAGCGUCAAGGAUUGGUGGAACAUCAACCGCCUUUACAAGGCCGGCGCCACCUACGUCACGCCCACCGUUUCUCGUAGUAACACGGAGAUUGACAUUGCAGCUGCUUCUUCAGCCUCGGGCCAGACUCCGCUAAAGAAAGCCGAUCUGCUCGCGCUCAUCAACUUCCAGAUCUUGUCGGGAUCGCUGCCGCGAAUCAGCAGCGCCGUCUACGUCAUUUUCACCUCGGCUGACGUGGAUGUGGAUGGGUUUGGCUCCGACUUCUGUGCUUUCCACAGCGUCAGCGGGAAUGUCAAGUGGGCGUGGGUCGGCAUGCCCGAGAAAGUGAGUGCUCGAUGUUUUGGGGAGGGUGAAUGCUUGGUUUGA